AGGGCACACAGGGCCUUGGGGACAAGCGACCACGGGGAUGGCACCCUGGGGACACUGGGGACACUGGGGACAGCGCUCACAGCACCUCGGCGACAGCACUCACGGUGACAAUGGUGGCAGGGAGGUGGCACACGGUGCCAUGGCACAGGGGACCGCGGGCACCGGGUGACAUUUCGCCACCGCUCGGUGUCCCCGUCGCUGUCACCGUCCCCGCCAAUUACCGGGGCGGGCUCUGUCCCCGCCCCGCCCGGCGCUAUAAAGCCACUGUCACCGCGGGGACACGGCAGGCGACACCUCCGCAGGUGCCACCGGGGCCGGGGACAAGCUCGGGGACACUCCUGCCCAGAGGUGCCACCCGUGCCACCCUCUCCGCAGGCCCAGCCAUGUCGCGUGUGUCCAGAGCUGCCCUCAGGAGGACACCCCGGAGACGCCGCCGGCGGGUGGCAGCGGGCGGCGGGGACACGGCCGAGGGUGUCACCGACCCCGACAUGGUGGCCUUGUUCAUGGACUUCCUGGGUGAAAGGCUGCUGCUGCCCUUGGAGGGCUCUGGGCUGGUGGCCCGGCCCUACCACUACGUGCUGAGGGACACGGAGCAGCAGGGGCUGUGCCUGCGCCACGGCCACCUGGUGGCCACCAGCCUGCAGGGGGCCAGCGCCAGCCAGGAAGAGCCCAUCAGCGUUGUCCCCAACCGCCACCUGGAGCGCCGGCGCUGUCCCCUCAUCGUUGGCAUCCGCGGUGGCACCCAGGCGCUGUCCUGCGGCACCGGGCCCGAGCCCCGCCUCAGCCUGGAGGACGUGGAGCUGCUGGAGCUGUUCUCCAGCGACAAGGACAGGACCACGCCCUUCACCUUCUACAAGACCUUUGGUGGCUCCACGCACACCUUCGAGGCCGCCGCCUUCCCCGGGCUGUUCCUCAGCACGGCCAUGGGCCCGGGCGAGGCGCUGACCCUGGCACCACCGCCCGGUGCCACCUCCUUCUACCUGCGCCGCAUGUGACACCGGGGACAUCCAUGGUGGGACAUCCAUGGUGGGACAUCCAUGGUAGGACACCCUUCCAUGGUGGAACGUCCAUGGUGGGACAUCCAUCGUGGGACAUCCAUGGUAGGACCAUCUUCCACCUUCCAUGGUGCCACCACCACCACCUUCUACCUCCGCCGCAUGUGACACCGGGGACGUCCCUGGUGGGACAUCCAUGGUUGGGAACACCAGGGUAGGACACCCUUCCAUGGUGCCACCACCUUCCAAGUGACACCCAAGGGACAUCCAUGGUGGGACAUCCAUGGUUGGGAACACCAUGGUAGGACACCCUUCCAUGGUGGGACGUCCAUGGUAGGACACCCUUCCAUGGUGCCACCGCCUUCUACCUCCGCCGCAUGUGACACCAUCGACGUCCCUGCUGGGACAGCCAUGGUUGGGGACACCAUGGUAGGACACCCUUCCAUGGUGGGACGUCCAUGGUGGGACAUCCAUGGUAGGACACCCUUCCAUGGUGCCACCACCUUCUACCUGCACCACAAGUGACACCCAGGGGACGUCCAUGGUGGGACAUCCAUGGUUGGGGACACCAUGGUGGGACAUGCAUGAUGGGACAUCCACGGUGGGACAUCCGUGGUGGGACAUCCAUGGUAGGGGACACCAUGGUGGGACAUGCAUGGUGGGACAUCCAUGGUAGGACCAUCUUCCACCUUCCAUGGUGCCACCACCACCACCUUCUACCUGCGCCACACGUGACACUGGGGACGUCCCUGGUGGGACAGCCAUGGUUGGGGACACCAUGGUGGGACAUCCUUCCAUGGUGGGACAUCCAUGGUAGGACACCUUUCCAUGGUGCCACCCACUUCUACCUGCGUUGCAAGUGACACCCAGGGGACGUCCAUGGUGGGACAUCCAUGGUUGGGGACACCAUGGUGGGACAUCCAUGGUAGGACACCCUUCCAUGGUGGGACGUCCAUGGUGGGACAUACAUGGUGGGACAUCCAUGGUAGGACCAUCUUCCACCUUCCAUGGUGCUGCCACCACCACCUUCUACCUGUGCUGCAUGUGACACCGGGGACAUCCACGGUGGGACAUCCAUGGUGGGACAUCUGUGGUGGAACAUCCAUGGUGGGACAUCUGUGGUGGGACAUCCAUGGUUGCCAUCCGUCGUGGACAUCAGGGGUUGGGGACACCAUGGUGGACAUCUGUGGUGGACAUCCAUGGUUGGGGACACCCGUGCUUGGACACCUGUGGUGGCCGUCGGUGGCCGCCGUCCCUCGUGGUCAAUAAAUGCCAUCUGCUGCUGUCA